AAAUAGAGACAGAAAAAUAAAAGAACCAGUCGUUCUUAACUAGAAGUGAAGACAAUAUGAGUUCAAAUGAAUAUGCUGUCUACUAACAAAUUAAUUUUUGUCAUUUCGACGACUGCAUUAGCUGUUAUUUCCACCAGUGUUUGUGUUUACAUCUUGAAGAAAAAUAAGCGCAGUUAUAAGGUUCCAACAGAAUGGAAACAAAUAGGUUUCGUAAAAAAGCUGUAUAUAUUCCCUUUGAAAAGUGCGCGCUUCAUAGAAAUAAAUAGGGUAGAAUGUACAGAAGUCGGUUUUAGGUUGAUCAAGACUGAGGAAAAUCCUCUUCAAUUGAGAGAUAGAUCUUUUGUGGUUUAUGGGGAGAAAAAUAAUGAAAUGAAGUCUGGUAGAGCAAUUCCUUCGCUUGUAAAGAUAGAGAUUUCUGUUCACGAUGAUAAUCAUAUAGCUCUUGCUGCUCCAGAUAUGGAAAAAAUCCUAGUUAGAAUGCCACACCGAAGCAACUCCAAAAUUACAUAUUUGAGGGAUUGGAGUAGUGACCAAGUUGAAGCAAUGGACUGUGGUGAUGAAGUAGCAAAGUGGCUAUCGCAACAAAUUUGUCAACAAGAUUCAGGAUAUAGAUUAGGUUUUCACGAUGCUUCAAGCCGUAGGAAAUUCGUCAAUUCAUUGAAAGAGAAAUAUUUUUAUGAAAAUUUAACUGACGCAGCUACAGGGCUCUAUUCCGAUCUUACCAGCAUAAUGCUUGUAAACCAAGCCUCAGUUGACCAUUGCGCUUCCAAAAUUUCCAAUGUAGAGAUAACUCAUUUGAAUUUCCGAGGUAAUAUUGUCGUAGAUGGUCCAAAUAUAAAACCGUUCGAUGAAGACAACUGGGAUUGGAUGAAAAUUGGAGAUACUAUCAUGAGGAAUGUUAAAGAAUGUACCCGCUGUGUUUUUACUAAUGUUGAUCCAAACACAGGACUGCGUAAUAUCGGCAAAGAGCCUGUAAACUCCUUGUCCAGUUAUAGAAUGUCUAAAGGUCCAGAAAAUGCACCAGUAAUGGGGAUUCACAUGGAUGUAAAAGGAAACGGAAUAAUCAAUUCUGGUGAUCCAGUUUAUGUUGGAUGUAAUUGAAUUCUUAUGCAAUUUUUGUGAAGUUAGUUUGUGAUUUCCUAAAAAUAAGAAAUCACACCAUGUCAUUAUGGAGUCGCGUAACAACAAUACAAAAUGAAUUCAAA